CCUGAUAGAAAUGGCAGAUGUUGUACAGUAUUUUGUUGUAAAGUGUGCAAACUUUCCAUCACUGAAAACCUGCAUUAGAUCGGAGAAGUGGGCUUGUAAAGAUCGUGUCAAUCCUCCCAACCCACGUGAGGUGUUAACCAGGGCCCUAGAAAACGGUAAGGUAGUUCUCAUCUUCAGCGUGAACAAUUGCCAUGGAUGGCAUGGAUAUGCUGAGAUGUUAACCCCACCCGACAAAGACGAUAAUGGACAGGAGAAUGGGUGCGUUGAUGAAGUUGGAGAGUCCCUUGCAAAGAAGGGGGUUGAUGAGACUGAAAAAUCUACAUGUUUAGUUGACCACUGGCAUUAUUUCAAGGUGAAAUGGAUAACAGUCUUUGCCCAAGACUUUGGAGAGCAAUGUUUGUCAUCAAAAUACACUGAAGAUAUGUUGAUAGACAGUGGACCCCUGAAUAAAAGUAGGAAUUGGCAAGAAAUUCCUCAGACAAUUGGCCAAAACCUCUGUUCUCUAAUGGAUAAAUUUUAUGCAGAACUCAAAGAAAAAAGAGAACUGAAAUUAAAGGAGGAGUUGGAACGCAUACCACCACCAUUUUAUGAUUCACAAGAAACUGUCUCUAGUGAUGAUACUUGGAAAACAAUUGUAAAUAAGGUAGAAGAAGACCUUGGAAAGAUAAUUCUAGCAUGCCCAUUUGGCAGUCAAAGGUACAACUUGUGUACACCAGAGAGUGACACUGACAUGUUCAUUGUGUAUCAGGCCAAGACAAAGGAUGUUUUGGGAUUUAAUCCACCUAAACAGACCAUCAAAAACAGUGAGCACCAAAAGUGUGACUACACUAUCCACGAGAUACACCGCUUUGCUGAGCUGCUGCUCAGUGGAGACCCGAGAUGUGUGGAGACGUUGUUCCUUCCCACAGAGAUAAUGGUCAGAACAUCCACAGAGUGGCAGGAACUAAGGGCAGGCAGGAAACAUUUUCUGAACAAAGAUUGCCUCAGCAAGUACCUCAGAGAUGCCCAAGGAAGCAAAGGCACCAAACAACUACAGAAACUGUGUGCUGAACACCCAGGGAUGACAAAGCUGACUAAGAAGAUGUGUAAGCUGGUCUAUGUGAUUGUAAGACUCCUACAGAAUGCAAGAAACGUAGCUUUAGGGGAGGAUUUACAGGUCUACAGGGAAAAUGGAAGUCCAGACAGGCAGGUUUUAAUGGCGAUCAGGCAAGGGGAUUUCCCAUCACAACAGGCAUGGCAGAUCAUACAGGAGUUGGAAACAGCCAUACAGAAAAGAAAAGAUUUGGUUCCGGAGAAGACGAAAGAUUGUGUCGAGUUUACGAAAUCUUGGCUCCUGAAAUUACGUCAUAAAGAUUUUUUGACGUAUCCAAUGUAAUGUGACUAUUUUGUAUACACUAUAUUGUUGCUUAUUUUUAUUGUGUACCAGUAGUAGGAUUGUUCUAUGUAAAAAUAAUAAAUAUUAGUAUAUGACUAAUACUUGGAAGAGGUAUUAGUCAUAUACCAAUAUUUAUUCUUUUUAUGGACCAUUACACAUUUUUUAAAAUUUUAUUUCAUUGUCAAUUUGUACCUAGAUAAUAUUGUAUCUUUGUUGUAUUAGCCGAAUUCUUUAGUCCAACAGCUAUCAGCAAGGUCUUUAACUCCGCAAUAUUCCACGCGAGUUUUUGUUUUUUGCGAUGAAAUUUACCCAGUUUUAAUAUAAAACAAAUAUGUUGUGCAAAUCUAAAUUACUUGGAGUACAACUUAAUUACAAGCUUGCUUCAUUUGACAAAAGGACAAACCCGUAUGCCAAUUAGCAUUUUUCCUCUUUACUAUGAUUUGUGUAUACUGUAACAUCAUGCAUGUUGCAUGUUUUGAGUUAAAGCAUUACAACGCAGUACAAAACCCACAAUGUACAAUUUUAUUGGGAUACAAUGUAAAAUUCUAAUUAAAAACGUUUUUAAAAA